GUGGGCGUGUCACUGUUUAUAAAAUUGACGUGUUGUCUUUCUAUGUGCAUUCGUGUAAUAAAUAAUUUGCUCUUGUUUCAAUUGCCGGCCCCGACUGAAAUUCUUCGAAGUUCCAUACUAAUCAGGAUUUCCCAAUGUAAUCUUAAUGAAAUAGACGCGCAACCUUCUGUGGGAAAACCGUGCACUCCAUGAUGCCGAACCACCAGUACAGGUCGAUGGUGGACUUGGUCCCAGACAAAGUUUUUGAAGAGAAUACGGUGCCUGAAAUCAAGGAAAUCUUAAAAAAACUGCAAGCGGAAAUUGAGAGAAAGAAGGUGGAAAUCCGCACUAUGGUUGGGGAGAGGUACAGGGACUUGAUACAAGCAGCAGACACCAUAAAAGAGAUGAAGGAUAAUUCAUUUGAAGUCAUCGGCCAAAUCGAUGGGAUGUCCGACAUGUGCAAGCAGCUGCAGCAAGUGCAUCUUUUGGGGUUCAGGCAGGAUUCUGAGCAGGCCAGAUUUAAAAGGAAUGCAGCAAAUUUGGCCUAUUACACAGUGGCUGUGCAGGUUCGGAUUUUGAUUUUGAUCCCUGAACAAAUAUGGAGUGCUAUUGACGAGGAAAACUAUCUCUUGGCCACACAAUUGUUUCUCUUUUCUAGCAGUGUAGUCAAUAGCUUAAAACUUAACAUCGGAAAUCAUUCCAAGGACAUAAGCAGUGAGAAAGUCUUAAAGUGUUUCCCGAUUUUGGAGCAACAGUGGGAAUCAAUGAAGCCGUUUAAGAACCAAAUUGUGAAGGGAUGUGAGGAGAAAAUUAAGAGGACCGAGUUGACUGAUUUGGAGGCGUCCGAGUGUGUAGUAGUUUUGAUCCUGCUCUGCGGACUAUCUGCUAGCCAGGCUCAGGAGAAGUUACUGGUGUUGAGGUUGGAGUCUUUGAAAAGUAAACUGGAUGGUGACCACUUGAACUCGAACAUCAAAAGCCAAGUCACGCAAAGUUUGAAACUAGCAGAAUUAACCCUCACCGUUUUCAACACUUGUUUUCAAGAAACAGGAAGCGAGAGUUUUAAAGAUACCCUGGACCAAAUUGUCGGACAAAAUUCACCUCCAAUAUGCACCUUAGCCAGCUGCUUACAGCCGGAAACAAUCGCAAUCCUUCCUCCGGUUGUCAAAAACUAUAAACUUUCCUUGGCAAUGCCGGUGGAACUAAGAAGUUCUGCAGAUUUGGAGCACAUGCAGAGUAAUUGGGUCAAGGAAGUGCAGACUGUUGUGGCUUUGAAGUUAGGCCAGCUUAUGAAUUUUGUUAAUACUGUGCAUGAGAUCCAGUCAAUCAGAGAAGCUGUGCAUUCUAUGCUCUCAAAAAUCAACAGACCCAAGUUUGGAAAAUUAAGCGUUUGGGAAAUUGCCUAUCGCCCUCUUUUAACGCAGCGAGUGAGGGAAAUCAUUCAAAAUCAAACUGAGCAGAUUUUGAGUGAGAUGAAGACGAGAUUGGGUCAAAGUCUACAUGAACUAGAUCAGGAGAAAAAUUUAAGAAAAGAAAAUGACCUGAGGUGGUUUAUAUGGAGUGAAGAGGCUGGAGAUUUACCAAACUCGGGGGGUUGGAUGACACAGUCAACUCGAACCAUUGACCAGGCUGGUGGACUUUUGAUGAAAUCGCUGGGAUAUUCUCCUAGCAUCCAGAAAUUCUGCAGCACUUUGGAUUCCAGUCUGCAAAUUUUGUUAGAGGACGUCAUGUUUUAUGUAAACGAUGGAAAUUUGGACAUCAUUGCCUCCUUCAUUGAGAUGGACAAGCUUAGAAGUGAAGGAAAAAGCGAUAAAUUUGUUGACAGAAAUGAACUACAGGCACACCUGCAGAACUGCACUCUGAAUAGCAUGAAAGGAAUUCUUACUUUCGUCAAGCAGAAAGUUGAAGCUAUGCAUGGCGUCAACGGAGAAACAUCACUCAUCUUCCUAGGCCGCCUGAUCCAGGCAAUCUGUGAUUUAUGUCCUCACCUGCAAAAGUGCAUGAGUCCUGCAGCGGUAUGGGAGAGCAAUAAGCCUACCCUGCUGGGGCCACUGCAAGCAGCGAGUGCUGAGUGGCAACAGUUGUGCAAGAAACUUGAGUCUGAGAGCUUAGAGAUCUUGCAGAUCUGGGCUGUAGCUGUUUCGGAAAGGCUGAAACAAAAUCUUCUUCCACUGCAGCUUGACACAAGCUCGUGCACACUUCUGCAAGCCCUUACUCAAUGGGAUAUUGUAAAAAUUGAGGAGGAAGGUGAAGCUGGCGCCCGUUUAAGUUCCACAAUCAGAGUGCCUGCCCAGCCGAGCCUGCCGUUGCAAAUGGUUCUACACAACUCCUGUCGGGACAUAAACACUCAGGUCCCUCAUGCACUGCCAAGACAAGUGCACUUGGAACUUGUGGAAAGCAUUUUGAUGCACCUUUUGCUGAACUACGAGUCCUUAAGUAAAGUUGAUCCGAUGCCUCAAGUUGCUGCUCUUCAGGCUGUUUUUGAUAUCAGAUUUAUCAUUUCUCUCUUCAUACUGAGAGAUUCAAAGGCACUCAAUGACAAAGCUUUGUCUACUUGUGAGCAGUUUGAAGCCAAAAUUGACCCUUUUGACUUAGACGUCUUUCAGCCUUAUUUGCAAAGCAAUGUGAAGAAAAGUGUAUACAGGCUUCAGCAUCUGCUGGGUUGCCUAGUUCCUCCUGCAAAAAUGGCCGUUCUAAGUGGAGUUCGCGUCGGUGGCAUUGCGGGCGAUUCCCCAUCGCCCGACGACCCAGCUGCCCUCCCAAUGUCCUCAGGUGCGGCCUGGUUCCCUCUUCUACCAGUGGCAACACCAGGCUUGAUUAGCGGAACUUCAGCUUCUGUAAGAGCUGCAAGGGUGGGAGAAAACGCACAGGAGAAGUCAAAGCAGAGCAAGGGGAAAUCUUCCAUCUCUUCGACCUCAAAAUCAGAUAACGCAUCCAGUAAUUUGCUAGUGCGAUCUGGUGCUGCUGCCUUGUUUGGCGCCAUGGCCAGUUCAGAGUGGUUUGGAGGUUCAUCGUGAGUGAUUUUUUGAUAAAUGAUUUGAUUUACUGAAUCGCCAUUUGUGCGAGGCAAGUAAAAUGAUUGUUAUAGACCCAUAAACUCAAGCUUUAUAUGAAUUGAUUGAUAAAUUAAGCACUAAAUAUCUUUAGCAUUGAAGUUUAAAAUACACAAUAUAAAAGUUGUAGUGGAAAUUCAAGCAAUAUUUUUCUUCGAAAAUAGAAGCCUAAAUAAGAAAACACUGCUUCACUUACGUUUGAAUAAAUUUCUCUACACAAGUCAGUGCUGC